AUGCAGCCCACCCGCGUGCUGCAGGCGCUGCGCUACCGCCGGCUGCGCCUGACCACCAAGGACGUCAACAAGGGCUACUACAAGGGCACGCGCACGGGGUCCAUGGGACGGCACACCAAGCACGGCGGCUACAUCAUCGACUGGAACAAGGUGCGCACAUAUGUGUGCCCGUCGCUGGAGGGGUUCAAGCUCACCCCGUUCGUGACCCGCAAUAUGCCCCGCACGUUUGGCCAGUACGAGGGGAACAAGCUCGGGCCCAGGGAUCCUGCGACGUAUCUUGCGCGGUGGAAGGCUGAGAACGGGUUGGAUUAA